CGAGUUGUUCUUCUUGGCUCGGGUGGCUGGAUGGUUGGUUGAAUAAUUCGCUACCGUGACUUUGUGCAGCAAACUUUUCCCAGCGGUCCCAUCGGGUCGUCGAGCAUCGAAAAAGUGGCGUCUUUCUUUGUGCAGCACCUACCAAGCAGAGCUUGAAAAAUAGUGUUAAAAUUCCUUCACCCUACAUAUUGACAAUCUCCAUGCGUGCCGUGCGUUUCUUCCUUCCUGCACUGCUGUUGUGUUGAUCUGAUUGUUCAAGUGUCGCGGCUGGCAAACAAAACAAUCCAAUAUUGUGCGUGUUGUUCUCGGUUGUGUGGUGACGCAAAGAAAAUCGAUCAUUCCGGAAAUCCGGGUUAGUGUGGUGAUAGCUUUGCAGCAGAGAGAGAGUUGCUGCUGAGUGAAGAAAAAAGAAAAUCGGUAGAUUUUGUUAGCACAGUCCCAAAAGAAUGUCAAUGAGAAAAAAGCUGUAGUGAUUUGAAGAAGCUUCAGCAGCAGCAACCACAGCCAACUACGACCGUAGUGAUGAUAAUGCUGAUGAUGAUGAGAGUUCAGUGAGGGGGUGGUGCCGUAGCCGUAGAAGCAAGCAAUAAAAAAAUGAAAGUGAAAGCGCCUUCGCCUACUUUAGCAGCCGCUGCUGUCACUCCGAUGCUGCCAAUGGCCGAGGAGAGUCUUGUGUAAAUAAAAUUGUUAUUUGCGAAAAGAGAAAAAAAUACGUACACCUAAGUGCCACACUCGUCGUCGUCGUCUACUGCAGCAAAGAAGUCGACGGGGCGCCACUCUGUAGAUUGAAAUAAUAUUCGCCCUCAUACUGCCAGGGUGCAGCAGCUUAUGCUUCGGAAGCAAUUAGUUCCACCUGUGCGCGCAGCGAGAGAUAAGUUACCUGAAUUGUCAAUAGUGCUGUUUUUAGUGCCCUGUCUGUGUGAAGUCUAUCAACGUCAUCAUCAGCAUCCAUCCGUUCGGGCGGUUGCAGCCAAAUAAAGUGUAAACAAGCGAAGUGCACUCACCACUUACCAGUAGUCGGUAGUGACUGUUAUUUUAAGUCAAGGACCGCUGGGUUUCGAAUAUCCUCCGGCUUUGAACUACUGUGUGUGAGAUUGUGAAUAGAAUUUGUUCAUUCUUCCCGCAUCGGCAAGCAUCACGGGACCAGGGGCAGCGGACGGCAAGCUACAGCAGAGGCGAUCAAGAUGGAAAUUCCAAGUUCGCUUCCAUUUCUUCUAGUCACAGCGAACGUCGGCAGCGUUUUUGAGGACCCCUCCCGUUUGCUCAACAUUUGGAUCAAGGAAUUUCUCAACCAUGUCGUAACCCGCCGGCCGGCCUUCAUCGCGCUGCACCUGCAGGAGGUGGGCGGCAAAACGUACGAAAAGUCCAUGGAGUACGUGCAGGAGUUCAUCAAGCACCUGUGCGAAUCGCCCGAACUGGCCGACUACAACCGGAUUCGAGUGUACCUGGACGAGGACUACAACUCGGCGGAACACUUUACGGCCCUGGGCAAUCUGUACUUCGCCAUUCGCACCAUCGACCAUUUGCAAAUGUGGAACUUUCUCACGCAUGAAUGGGAGACGGUCGAGGACAAAAACAUUCACACCGGCAACAUCGAACCGAUUGCAACCAAAGAAAAGGCCAAGUUUCCCCAGCAAUUCUUCCCGGAGUGCAAAUGGUCCCGCAAGGGCUUCCUGCGGACUCGCUGGUGCGUCAACGGGACCGUGUUCGAUCUGGUCAACAUCCAUCUGUUUCACGACGCUUCCAACCUGGCUGCCUGCGAGGAGUACCCGUCGGUGUACUGCAAAAGCCGGCGGCGGGCGCUGGUGCACACGCUGGAAAGAUUUCACAAGGAUAAGGUUAACCGAGCCGUGCCAUAUUUUGUCUUCGGUGACUUCAACUUUCGCUGUGACACGGAAGGCGUUGUCAAGAAACUGACUGAGGAUCUCACGAUGCACCGAAUUCCACACGCAAAAAUGGACAACACCAAGGUUCAGUACCGUGACUCCGACGGUGCCAACGUACUUACGGUGGGCAAGAAAGAAUUCUUCCACACUGACCAAAGCACAUUCAAGGAAAAUUGGCUGCGCCAAUUCGAUCGCGAGCUGGAUUCGCUGCGCAGCAUACUGUUCGAAUAUCCAAUCACAUUCCCGCCCUCCUACCCGUACGAGGAGGACCCGCAGCAACCGGGCAGCUACAUGUCCACCCGCUGUCCGGCCUGGUGCGACCGGAUACUGAUCAGCCCCGCCGCUCGGCGGCUUAUCGACGAAGAGCGGGAAAACGGCAAGGCCGCGAGUGGGAUCGUACCGAAGGGGACCUACGGUAUCAUCGGCGAAUCGGUCUGCAUGGGUGAUCAUAAGCCGGUUUAUCUGAAUAUACGAAUUAAGACAAGUCAAGGUAUUUUAAAUUACUGUUCCUGUGAUACGCAUGCGCCUAAACGUGUUGAACACUCUUCCAAUAAUAGUUCUAUGAUUGUUAAUAAUAAUAACAAUAGCUGUAGUAGUACUUUAGUUAGCAAACCUUUCGAUAGUAGUGAAGCUAGAAGCGUCAGCGUCAGCAACAGCAACACCCACAACAAUAACCACAGCAUACGAACUCCCACUAUUGCUAAUGAACCCAUUUCAAGCACGAGCACGCCUGGUUGUGCCAUUGUUUCUUCUACCACUUCUCCCGCCAUCACAAAUGCUACCAUAACAACUACCACCACCACCCCAACCGCCAACAACAACUACAGCAACAACAACAACAGCUGUCACUCACCGCUGCCUAACAACAAAUCUCACUGUUCUUACUGUUUCGAUCGUGUUCAAUCGACCUUCGAUCAGAUCCUGUCCGUGUUGGAACUCUCGCCGGGUACCGGUCCCUCCGCUGCCGAGAGUGACAGCCUACCCGGCGGCGUCGGAGGAGAACCGACGAACGAUCCCAGCAAAAAAGCGGCCACAAAAACCGCCACAGACGAACCAUCAACCAAAGCGUCGACGAAGGCUCCGCUGCCGGUUCGAAUCAGCGUGUUCGACACGGACAGCAACGCCAACGUUUGCAUGUGUUCAUUGUACAGCAGUAGCUUUAGUUUAGUGACAGGUGGCAGCGAACAACCGAAGCGCAGCCGGUCCGGUUCGGUCAGCUGUUCCACCGCCGACCAGUCGCUGAUCUGUCCCAACUGUCGGAACAUCAUCAAACAUCAACCGAUCGAGCAUCGCAAGACACUCAUCUCGCGCCGUCUGAUGUUAGCUAACGAUAUCAUUGUGAACCGUAUCGAUACGCACUAUUUAAACACUUAUACCCACCCACCCACAGGCAUGUCCAGCCCCGGGGGCACGAUCAAUCAGUUCGAACCGUACACUCCGGAAAGUGUAGAAUCUCACUCGCCCGUGCCGGAAAGUGCCUUCGAGGGUCGGUUGGAGUUUCCCGAAUCUCAGGCCGAACCACUACUGGCGGCCAACAACAACGAUGCUGCUGACGAUGAUGAUGAUCCAUCCAUCCAAACGCCUCAGCAGCAGCUGGAAGGCGGCGCACCAAAACAGAUCACCAAUUCGGUGAAAAAGCAUCCAAUCGCGAACAACAACGCAACGGGCGUCCUGAAUAACAGCACGGGCACCAUCAGCUGCGGAGGUGUCUCCCCUAGGCAGCUCAAAUCGCGACUGGAAAAGCUAAAACGAAUCUCCGACCGGCGGAAACAGUACCAGCAGAGCAAAAGUGCGAACAACAGCAGCGGAACGCUGAUCGCCGCCGUCGUGGCCGACGAACAGUUGACGGAAAAAGCCGCUCUCGGUCUCGUCGCUGCCGAUGGGGGUCUUGUUGUUGGCCUGAAGGAGGAACUGGUGUUCGUCCCCGGUGGCGGUGGUUCGGUGGUGACGAAAGAUGGCGUUGGCGGUGCCCUCGUCGAUGGAACCGCCGGCCAGCGGCUCGGUUCGGAUCGGGGGGCGGCCACCGGGGAUCGGAAGCUGGUCAGCUGCUGCCAGCGGCAUUGCUGCGCCAUUUCGUAGUACCGCGCCCCGAAAGGGGUAAAAGUGCCCCGGUGGAUUGUACAUUGUUUGUGGCCGUGUGUUUCUGUUGUUGUGUACUUAUACGCGAGAUAAUUUUAGAUAGA